AUGGCUACACAUCUACCUCUUGAGCCGCUAGAUUUGCCCGCCUUGCCACUCAACACGCACAAUAUUGCGUGGUCUCCGGAUCUGGAGCUCGCCGUUGGCGCCGACGAUUCCGUUUACAUAUACUUGCCUCACUUCACCACCAUCCCACCUUCGGAAGUGUCCAAUAAGAGCAGCCACGGACCCAAAUUCCAGUACAAUGAAGUCGCUCUUCGCUUCCCGGCGACCGAAGCCCGCAGCCCCGAAGUCAACAGGCACUUGUUUGAUGUCGUUGGUCAGGAUUUCCCCCAUGACGAGGACGAUGCCUACCCCAACCUGGGUGCAGGCCAAGGCCCGAUCGCGCGCACGCGCGGUACGCUCAACCACGUCGUGGCAUUGGCCUGGUCGCCUUGUGGUCUCGGUCGCAUGAAGCGAUCGGUUUUGGCUGUGCUCAGCGGAAGUGGCAUCAUCACCAUCUACUGCGAGAGCUCCUUGCCCAGCAAUGCGCCCAGCCUUGCCGUACGCGGCCGGAAGGCCAGGACUCUGCGGCCAUUGCUGGUGCCCUGGCUGGUCGGCAGUGGUCGCUACGUCCCAGUGACAGCCGCUGUUGAACAUGAGUCGCCAGAGGAGUCGUCGCUGUACAAUCCUGAAUACGUCACCUCGAUGGCAUGGGCGCAGCAGCUCCACGCCCCAGGCGAUGGGGCAUUGCUGGCAUACCUAAACGACGCACAUGAGAUGGUCCUGUUGGCUGUCCAAGCUGAGCAUGGCACAUCAAGCAGCAGCCAUGAACCGACUGGAAAGUGGAGAGUUGAAGAGGUUGCAAGAUUCUUUGCUGGAGGACCCCAUCCAGUGCUUGACCCCUCCGAUCCCGACUUCGUGCCCUGCGGGACGCCGUUCGGCGUCAGCUGGAGCCCAUGGGUCUCUCAUGACGGCCAAAAGAGCUGCCUGGUGUCGUACGUCUCCAAAAACUACGUUGGCUUUCGGCGUGUCACUGUCCAGGACGACUGGGCAGCUAUGGAGACUCCGAUCAUUGAAGUCGGCGGCAAUGAUUGUGAGGGUUUGUGCUUGCACCUAUCGACCGACGCCUUCGUCACGUGGGAGGAUCAAGUGUGGCCUAAGGACGGAUCGUAUGUGCAUCGCGGUAUCAUAGCGAGUCCUUUCCGUGUUGAGGCAUUCCAGGUCACGCUUGACCUCAACCGCGAGAAAGACGAUAUCACUCCCCACACGACCGAAGUUUGCGGAACAACAUAUGCACCUGAAGGAGCAGAUUCGAGUCUGAACCCGAUCACAGGGCUUGUCAUUCAUCCCUCAUCAACGUUGGAGCAGAAUCCGGCACCGCCCUUCAGUCUAGUCCGUCUGAGUGCUACACACACAAAUGCCGACUGGUUCCAAACGAAUACUAGCAGCGGCUCAAGCGCGAACGAGCGCCCUCAAUGGGCCACAGACAUUUUGCUAUCUGUCGGGCGCAGCUUGCCUCGAUCUAUGGCGUACCUACCGCGAAAGUCCUUCGCGGUUGAUGACUCGGAUCCAGAGGAUGAGUCCGAUGAAGACGAAGAUUGGGCUUUCGACACUUAUAACGACGGACUUGGCGGUGAUGACACAUUGACGAAGCAGGGCGAAGACGCCUUGAGUCCUGUUUACACCACCCGUAUGCGUGUCUGGGGUAUGCAGGCAAGUCCCGGGGGUGGCUCGAUGGCAGUCUUUGUGACUGAGCACGACACCAUCAAGCCGGAGAGGUCGACUUUUGCAGGACUCCGUUGCAAGAUCCUCUUUGGUCAGACUCAUCAACCCGGGCGGGCCGAUCUGGGCAAGGACGCCGUCGAAAAGCCGAGAUUGAGUACGGAAGCUCAGGCAUGGGAGUGGAUAUAUGGUCACGGACCUGCGCCUCCUGGUGUCGACGAUGCUAUCUACGACUUCGGAUCAGACGAGCUCAAGAGCCGGCUGACGGAUGUCGCUGUCUCGCAAACGUGCUCAUUUUGCAACGCGAACGUCCUACCCACAGGUACUCACUCACGAUGCACAAAUGGGCACUCCUUCGAAAUGUGUGCUGCUACCAAUGUUCCAAUUCUUGCUCCCGGGUUGUCAAACACAUGUGGCGUCUGCAACUCAAAGUGCCUACGGCUGGACGUGAUCGACAAGAUGCUUGAGGCUCACCCACAUCGGGAGGAGAUCCUGGCAUUGAUAUCUCCCACGUUCUGUGGUCGCUGUGGCGGCAAAUUUGAUGACUGA